GAAAGGGAUACAUAUUACAAAUUGGUACUAUUACUAGUUGCUUUGAGUUUUAUAAUACAGGGUGUUCCUGAAACAUGGCCAGCUAUGAUGUUCAAGUUUUGCUUCUUCUCUCAUCUCAUUACUUGGAAUAAACAUUGAACAUUCUCCAAAGCUGCAUCACUUUUCCCGGACAAAUGACCGAUAGAGCUUAUGUUCUCAUAUUCUUCUUUUGGGCUGUUCUCACAAUCAUCACUCCUACUCUUAUUCUCUUGUCAGAAUCUUCCAAACCCAACUUUGAUCCAAAUGGGAAGGAGAGUGAAGGAAUAAACGCCAGGAAAAUGAUGACAUAUUUAGAGAAGCAUCCAAAGACACCAGUAACUCUGCGGCCACUGUCAAAUGAAUCACAUAUUGCACCAGCUCCAGCACCAGCACCGGCACCGGCACCGGCACCGGCACCGGCUCCGGCACUCAAACCAGCUUCGAAAAUUGAAAAGCUCUCUCGGGCCACUUAAUAUGAGCGUACGUGCAGAGAAUAUGUUUAAGGCCGCCAGGGAACCCCAGGUUUGGAAUUAGAGGCUACUUUCUUAUUAUCAAGUGCUGAAUUUGAGCCUGCAUGAUUAUAGUUGUAAAUAUCCGAUGUGUGCAUACUGAAAAGAGCUAUGUUAUUUACUGUUAAUGUUAUGUUCCUUGCUUCGGAAAAAAACAAAGGAAAAAUGGAAGAUAAACUGAUGAUGAGACUGAUUAGAGUAAACGAAAGCAAGGAAAUGCAUACUAAAUUAUUGAUUUAUUUAAUUUUAAUUAAAAAAAGUUUGCAAUCGAUUGCUUGUAUCAUUUCUUUCUUUUCUUCUUGAAAUGAUAUUUAAUAAAAUAUUUAAUCUUG